AUGACUAACGACUAUAUCCCAAUCGACCGGCCGAAGCCUGUGCAAGCCAGGCGGAAGUGGAUGAUAACCGCUCUGGCAGCGUUCCUGACAGUCUGCCUGUGCCGACUGGCCUAUGUUACGAGCCACAGGGCGCCUCCAGCGGGGCAGACGCUCGCAUGCGACUCUGUCAAAACAAUCAGCGAACUACCUGUGCAUAAGAUCCAGAAGCUUCUCGACGACAAGGCCCUGUACAACCAGACGCUGGCGAAACUCCAAAACGCUGUUCGUGUGCCAACAGAGGUGUACGACACCGUGGUGAACCCUGAGAUCGACGCAGACGACGCUGUCUGGGCGCCAUUCGUGGAGAUCCACAAGCAGCUCGCCCGCGACUUCCCUGCGGUCUGGGCAAACCUGCGCGUCGAAAAGGUCAACCACUAUGGCCUCCUCAUCACCUGGGAAGGCUCCGACAGCGACCUGAAGCCCGCGAUGUUCGCCGCUCACAUGGACGUUGUGCCUGUCGAGCGCAAGACGUGGUCGCAGUGGAAACACGAGCCCUUCUCUGGUGACCUGACCGUUGACCCCGACUUUGGCACAUUGUUGUGGGGCAGAGGCUCUUUUGAUGACAAAAACAUGCUCAUUGGUGUGCUGCAGGCUCUAGAGUACAUGCUCACCCAGGAGCCCGAGUUCAAGCCUAAGCGUGGCGUUGUAGUUUCCGUGGGCUUCGACGAGGAAAUCGGCGGCCACUUUGGCGCUGCUUACCUGACCAAAAUUCUGCAGGAGCGCUACGGACACAAGGGUAUGUUGUCUAUCAUCGACGAGGGCGUGGUUGGUGUUAAAGAGAUUGAAAACGUCAUGAUUGCGGCUCCUGGUAUUGGCGAAAAAGGCCGCAUUGACCUUUGGUUCCACUUAAACACCCCAGGUGGCCACUCUUCGGUGCCACCUGACCAUACUUCCAUUGGUAUCGCCGCAGAGCUCAUCUCGGACAUCGAAAGUGAGAAGUUCCCUGCGACCUUCGCCCCUCAAAACCCACUGUCUCAAUAUUACAGAUGCAUUGCCAAAAACUCUGACACCAUGGAAAAGAGCUUGAAACGCGACUUCGAGUUUUCCAUGCAGGACCCUAAGGCCAACAGCCGCGUUGUCGAAUACCUGAUCGAAACUGGCGGAAAAAAGAUUGAAUAUCUGUUGCGUAGCACCCACGCCGUCGACAUCAUCCAGGGCGGUAUCAAAGCCAAUGCUCUUCCAGAGACAGUGUCAUUUUUGGUUGAUUCGCGUAUUGCAGUGGACUCUAGCGUAGCUGAGGUCCAAGAUGUGUUCAUCAAGAGAGCUGUGAAAAUUGCCAAGAAGUACGAUUUAGGCGUUGUUUUCGAGGGCGAAGUGCUGCUUCCUGCUACGCCAAACGGAAACUUCAACAUCACUCUCGCUGGCAAGCCAUUGGAACCUGCCCCACCAUCCCCAGAGAACGACGUGUGGGGCAUAUUUGCUGGCUCCAUAAAGACCUUUUACGAAGACGUGAUCUUCCCUAAGACAUUUUCCGAGCCUCGUGAGCUUGUUGUUGGGCCCAGUAUAAUGUCUGCUAAUACCGACACUGCACACUACUGGGACCUGACCGAUAACAUCUACCGUUACCAACCAGGGUUUGCAAUGGAGGACACCCUCUCAACUAUUCACUCGGUAAACGAACACAUCAAUUUCGACACUGUGAUGCAUGUCGUGGGUUUCACCUACGGUUACAUUCACGCAGUUAACAAGUUCGAGAAGUAG